GAGGAUAGAACUGAAAAGUUGGAUUAGAAAUAUCUAAAUUCCCAUCCUUACUGUUUUGUUUUCCAGCCGAAUGAAUCGUUACCAUCCACCCACUCGAUGGACAAGGCCUCUUCGCGACUCUCGUCAUUUAUCCGCACCAUUUUAUGCUUGCCUUGCUGCCUCAACAAUCCCAAGGACCACAACGGCACCAUCUUGGGGACUUCCUGCAGCUCCACAACGUCACUUCCUGAGUACAAGCGGAACGAGGAAAAUUGCAUCAUCCGCGUCAGCCUCGAGAACGGCAAUGGGAAUGUGUACAAAAGCAUUGUGGUGACCACGAAGAGAGAUCCCCGGUUGUCAUCCAGAGAGCCAUGGCUAAGCACAAUCUGGAUGGCGAUUGGAAGGAAUAUCAUCGUGUCCUGAUCAUCUCAGAAGACAGAG